CGGCGCCGCAAGGAAAGGGACGCGCCACGGACGCGCGCGCGGUCGUCUGUUCGUAAUCCGCGCGAGCGAAAGAACGUGCCGGCGUCGGAACGCGGAGGCGCCAUGGGGAAGAAAGUCAGGGAGCCGCCGGUGUUUUACCCCACCAUGGCGGACAUGAGAGGAAGCUUCGAGGCGUACGUGGAGAGCAUCGAGGAGGACCUCGAGGAGUUCGGGAUCGGGCGGAUCGUCCCGCCCGCGGGGUGGAAGCCGCGGCAGGGGAGCUACGACGACGUCGACUUCACGGUGCCGCAUCCGAUAACGCAGCACGCCACGGGGCGGAAAGGGCUGUUCCGGACGCUGCUCGUGGAGCAGAAGCCGCUGUCGAUCAAGAAAGACUUCAAACCGAAGGCGAUGAUGAAGGAAAACAUGCCCUCGGAGGCGGCGAUGCAAGACACCUCGACCCUCGAGCGCGAGUUCUGGAAGAAGGUGACGUACUCCCCGCCGAUGUACUGCGCGGACGUCCCCGGGACGCUGUUCGACUCGAGCAACUGGGGGUGGGACGUCUCGAGGCUCGACUCGCUCCUGUCGCGCACGCUCAAGAAGAAGGGCAUCACGCUCGCGGGCGUGAACUCGUCGUACUUGUACUUUGGGAUGUGGCGCUCGCUGUUCGCGUGGCACACCGAAGAUUUGGACCUGUACAGCGUCAACUACCUGCACUACGGCGCGCCGAAGUUUUGGUACGCCGUCGCCCCCGAGGACCGCGAGCGGUUUGAAAUCUUAGCGCAGGGCAUGGUCCCGGAGAUGUGGCGCCACUGCCCGGAAUUUCUCCGACACAAGGAGCUCCUCAUCUCCCCCACGCUGCUCGAGCAGAACGGCAUCCCGUUCACGAAGAUGAUGCAGCACCCCGGCGAGUUCGUCGUGACGUACCCGGGGAGCUAUCACAGCGGGUUCAACGUCGGGUUCAACUGCGCGGAGAGCUGCAACUUCGCGACGGAGGAGUGGGUGGAGAUUGGCGAAGAAGCGGGGAUCUGCGAGUGCAGGGACGACAGCGUCAGGCUGGACAUGAGCAUCUUCGACGAUAACGUCUGCGCGCGCGUGGACGAGGACGAUUACACCGCGGUGAAGAGAGGGCGGUGCGGCGCGCCGCGGCGAGAGCCGACGCGCGGCGGCGCCGCGGCGGCGGCGGCGGCGAGAGGCGGCAAGACCGCGACCGACCGCGAUCGCGACGAGCGCGUCAAGCCGACGCCGUUGAAACUCCCGAGCGGUCGGAAGGCGAUCGGCGCGGACGUCCUCGUCCCGGAGGGGUGGAAGCGCACGGUCGUGAAGAGGCCCGCGGGGACGUUGAAGAAGAACACCCCGGACGCGGACCGCGACACGUUUUACAGAUCCCCCGACGGAAAGACGCUGAAGUCGAAGCACGAGGUGACGAAAUACUUGGGGUCGAACCCCUCCGCGAGCCACGGCGUCACCGUGAAGGACUUCUUCUUCGAGACGACGCCGAGCGACGCGCCGCCGGCGCGGUUGCUCGCGCCGGCGACGCCGUCGCCCGCGAGCUCGGGGGAAAAGAAGACGUUCGGCGGCGGCGGCCGAUCGACGAGCGGCGGCGCCAAACGCAAACCCUCGACGACGACGACGAGCGCGCAGUCGAAGCGGCGCGUCGCGCCGAAGAGCAAGGCGACGAAGCUCAACGCGUCGAAGUCCUCCGGCGGCGUGGGGAAGAAGUCGUCGUCGACCGCGACGCCGAAGACGAAGAGCAAGCGCGAGUCGUUGAGCGGAUUUUUAUCCCCGCUGAAGCUGUUCGCGUCGUCGUCCGGCGCGGCGAAGCAGCGAAACGAAAAAACGGGAAAGGUGCCGAUGUCUCGCACCGAGCGCGCGGCCGCCGUGGACGUCGCCCCGGAGACGUUCAAGAAGUACAAGCAGGCUGGGCUGCUCGAGAACGCCAUCACGGACGUGCUGCGGCGGGCGGGCGCCGUCGGCAAAGCCGUGCGAGGAUCGUCGCUUGUGAUGCAAGUGGAGCAAGCCUUGGGCGUGGGGAGCGGGACGCUGCGGUCGCACGGGAACCAGAUCCAGACGAUGUCUCGGACGUUGAGUCGCCGCGUGAAGUGA